CGCCAGAGGGAGAGAGAACGUCCUCUAGCUGUGUGCAAGGACACGGCCCUGAACGGUAAAACAGCUUUACUGCUGUUUCCAGCAUCUUGCGGGACGAGGAAAAGGUUCAUCAAUCGAUUUGAGUUUCGACUUUGGGAUAAGUGCGUGUUUAGCGUUUAUACACUGAAUUGUGAUUGCCUGAAUUAAGUUUUCAAACGUCGGCGUGUCACGAAUUUGAAGAAGUUUCCAAAAGUUUUCCAAAACUGCAAACUCCAGUCGGACGACAGGAGAGGAGAUAAUAUGAUUCUUCAAGGAGACCAGCUCCCUCUCCAAUAAGAUAAUGGAGUCUUACAUCUGUGGAGGAUGGUGGCGAUGGAAGUUCCGUAACGUCCUGCCAGUUGCCCUCCUGUUGAUGUCCCUGCAAAGACAAGCAGUGUUGAGCUGUAGUAACUCCAACUGCGUUGUGGUGCUCAAGGACUCCCAGGGUGAAUUCAACUCCCCCUGCUACCCACAAGAUUACCCCAGUAGUCAGGCCUGCAAGUGGACUCUGCAGGCUCCAGCUGGAUUCAUUGUGCAAAUAACCUUCUCUGACUUUGAGCUUGAGGAGGCCCUUGGGUGCAUCUACGACCGCAUCAUUGUCAACACCGGCAACCAAGAUGUUAAGUUUUGUGGCUUAACAGCCAAAGGACUGACGCUAAACUCCACCGGCAAUGUGAUGGAGGUGUCAUUUAACUCAGACUUUAGCGUCCAAAAGAAAGGCUUCAGUGUCAGUUACAGGCAAGUUGCCGUGGCGCUAAGGAACCAGAAGGUCACAGUGUCCAACGGCGCAGGCAAAGUGGUCCAAGUCUCCAACUCGGUGACCAUACCUACCCUUCAACAGUUCACUGUGUGCUUCGAGAUAGCCCGGCCCAACCAAAAAAGCAAGGAGACUAUCUUCUCUUACACCCGGCUAGAGGACAGCAGCGGUGAAGAAGCCCUCAGCUUCGGAAAUAACCAGGAUGGAAUGGCGCUGGUCAUGAGUAACGAGACAUGUCUGAUAGACUCUAUCCUCAACGCCUCAGACUUCACUUCCACCAUGAAGCAAUUCUGUCUCACGUGGGCCUCCACCACAGGCAAAGUGACCCUCUACUUCAACAGCAUCUACAGGGUCAAGACCUGCUCCAACACAAUUGGGCACUCGGUGGGGGCUGGGGGGCUCUUCAGGCUGGGGUCCCAUAGUAGCUUUGAUGGAACCAUCUAUAACUUCCGCUUGUGGAAUUAUGCCAUGGACAUGACACAGCUGGUCGCCCUCACCUGUGAUGCUGUCGGCAACGUCAUCGACUGGGACAACAGCUUCUGGGACAUCCCCUCUUCACUGGCACAGACGGACAGCGCACUGAGCUGCAUCUGUUUCCCACAUUGCAUACACUUAACAACGGCUGCUCCAUCUAGUGGUACCUCUGUACCCGUCUAUACAUCACAAACCACCAGCUGUGCCUCUCCUGGACUGGGCUGCCCAGCAACAUUAACUUCCACCAGCUCAUCCAUUGUCACCACUAACAUGAUUGCUACUAAUUCAACAACCCACGUUCUCUCUGCUACCACUUCAUCUGCUACCACUACUAGCAUGCCUCUAACUACCAGCUCAUCAACUGUUCAAACCACUACCACCACGACCACUCCUGCAGCUACAACUAAUGUGCCGACAUUACCCAGCACAACCACUGUUACUCAAACCAUUAUCCCAUCUGCAGCAGCCGCUACUAACACAACUCUAUUCUACAGCACAACCAAUGCACUGACAGCUUCUGCUACAACCAUUGUUUCAAACCCAGCUACAACUAACUUGCCUACCACUAACAACACAGUGCAUGUAACGACUACUCCCCCAUUAUCCCCUACUACUAACACCCCAGCUAACAUCACCACUACCCCGGUGUCUGAAGCCACUACUCCCCCACCGUCCUCGACUAACAUGUCUCCUACUGUCAUGUCCACUAACAUCAUUAAGCUAGAGGGUCUUUUCUACAGGAUCUCCUUUGUUGUCAAUGACAAGGAGGCCAAACUAACAGAGUCUGAUGUUGAGAAAACUGUUGCACAAUGGCUCAAUCAAACAUUCCAAAACUGGACACAUGUGGUCUAUGUCGAUAAUUUCAGAAUCCAGCCUAACAGUGACUCACAACUUAAGAGGAGUGCCAGUAAAAAAUUCACUUGCCAGGCCCUGCUGGUCUAUCAGACCAGCACCAAUGUGACCCUGGAAGAAGUAGCCAUCUCCACCAGGAUGGUGGGAAGCAGCCCUAACAUUGGCAAUGGACUGGAGCUAGAAACUGUCAACGUGCAGUCUGUCGAGAACUGCCCAGAGGAAACUCCCCUCCAUUAUAUCUGGCCAGAGAGCAGACCAACGGUCACUCAGUAUGUCCCCUGUUUCCCCAACAAAGACCAGACUGCAUCCAGAACAUGUGUGAUCAGCCCCCUGAAUUACACAGCGUUUUGGGGCGCCCCAGACAUCAGUAAUUGCACUGAUAUCGAUUCCAUCAAUGUUUCAGCAGAGAACGCUGCUGAAGUUGCCGACCAGCUUGCUGACAUCACCAACAACGAGCUCUCCACAGACGAGGUGUUCAAGGUGGUGGGCAAAGUGAAGGAGCUGGUCAACGUGGCCAAGAUCAACACCACUCUGGCCACCACCGUAUUGAACAUCAUCUCCAACGUGAUGACCAGCUCUGUGUCAGCCCUGGCUGUAGCCUCAGAGAGGACAUUGAAGACAGUGGAUGAGCUGGUUCAGAAGUUAGAGUUUGAUGGGCCUUCAGUGAGCAUCACCUCUAAAAAUCUGGCUCUGGGCAUCUCAACACUAAACCAUGGCAAGUUCAACGGGACCUCCUUCAGUGCCUUCAUACAGCCCAACACCACAGACCUCCAGAUUGACUUUGAGUCUAAUCAGCUGAAUCCCCUGGCUCAGGUCACACUGCCAGCUACUUUGCUCAAAAACCUAACCGACGCUGAGACCGCUGCCAUCUCCAGGAUUAACUUCAUGUUCUUCAGCAAGAUAGGACUAUUCCAGGACAAACAGGACGGGAUGUCUCUUAACAGCUAUGUCGUGGCCAGCAGUGUGGGCAAUUACUCCAUCAGUAACCUGCAGGAUCCCGUGGAGAUUGAGAUAGUACACCUGAAUUACCAGCCAAAGCCAAAGCCAACCUGCAUGUUCUGGGAUUUUACCAUGAAAAAUGACUCAGGUGGCUGGAACAGUAAAGGCUGCAGGGUUAGUCCCAUGUCCAAUGGAAACAAGACUAUCUGCCUCUGUGACCAUCUCACACACUUUGGCAUUCUAAUGGAUAUCUCUGGAUCUGCUGCACAGAUUGAUGAGAAAAACACCAAGAUUCUUACCUUCAUCACCUACAUCGGAUGUGGCAUAUCGGCCAUCUUCUCUGCCGUAACGCUUCUGACUUAUAUCGCCUUUGAGAAGUUGCGUCGUGACUACCCGUCCAAGAUUCUGAUGAACCUGAGCACGUCACUGCUCUUCCUCAACAUGGUGUUCCUAUUGGAUGGCUGGCUGGCCUCCUUCGAAAUGGAGGGCCUGUGUGUGGCUGUGGCCGUCUUCCUCCACUUCUUCCUGCUCACAUCCUUCACCUGGAUGGGCCUUGAGUCCAUCCACAUGUACAUCGCCCUGGUCAAAGUUUUCAACACCUACAUCCGGAGGUACAUUCUCAAGUUCUGCAUCGUCGGCUGGGGUCUGCCUGCUGCGAUAGUUGCUACAGUGGUAGCUAUUGACAAAAACUCCUAUGGGAAAAUGGAGUAUGGAAAGGGGGACACUGGACAAGGCUCUUCUGAAUUCUGUUGGAUCCGGAGCCAUGUGGUGUUCUAUGUAACGUGUGUGGGCUACUUCUCUGUCAUCUUCCUCCUGAACGUGGCCAUGUUCAUCGUGGUUAUGAUCCAGAUCUGCGGUCGCAACGGGAAGCGUAGCAACCGCACUCUGCGUGAGGAGGUGCUGAGGAACCUGAGGAGCGUCAUCAGUCUCACCUUCCUCCUGGGCAUGACCUGGGGCUUCGCCUUCUUCGCCUGGGGACCCGUCAACCUGGCCUUCAUGUACCUCUUCUCCAUCUCCAACUCACUGCAAGGUUUAUUCAUCUUCAUAUUCCACUGUGCACUGAAGGAGAAUGUCCAGAAACAGUGGAGGAGAUACUUGUGUUGUGGCAGAUUCCGCCUGGCAGACAACUCAGACUGGAGCAAGACGGCCACUAACAACACCAAGAAGGUCAGCUCAGACACGGUGGGGAAGUCCCUGUCCUCCAGCUCUUUUGGCUCCAGUACAGCAAACUGGACUUCCAAGGCCAAAGCAACUCUAAACCCCUUUGCAAAGCGCAACAGUAAUGCAGGUAAAGGUUACUCCAACCAGACCAAUCCUAAAAGUGUCUCCUUGGAUGGUGAGGCCUCCUCUUCCUCCUCCUCCAUCAUCCCAGUGCACCAAGUCAUUGAUAAGGUCAAAGGUUACUGCUCGGCGCGCUCUGACAACUUCUACAAGAACAUCAUCAUGUCGGACAGCUUCAGCCACAGCACCAAGUUCUAGACCACCCAGCACUUCUCUUCUUCUCCCUGCUUUUUCUGCUAGCCCCUAACCAGUGGUGAUCUCCCCCAGUCCACAGUCUCACCCCAGGGUUGUAGCUUCCAGAGCAGCAGGGCUGUAUUGUUUUUACUGUACAAUAUUUGACUUAAUCAGCUGGUCCAGUCAAUGAGAUGUACUGAAAAGGGAAGUGGGAAAUGCAUAGUUCUGUAGAAAAGGGAAGGGCUAAGCGGAGAAUGGAGUUUGGGAUUUACAUACUGUGACAUUAAUCUUUAACUGGCUAUGUGUUGUGUAAAUAUUUAUGGUAUAUCUAAUACGCCCACUAUAAUUGAUUCUCAGUUGGUGUUGCACAUGCCUUGGGUUUUCAGUAGGGUCACCUUUCCUGUACAGAACUAUCAACAAUCUUAACUGUUCUGUUCUCAUUCUGCGAUCUGUAGAAAUCCAGUAUGAGCAACAGGGAAGCAAAAUCCUCCAAUCUGGACCAAAUAUUCAGGCUUAGGCCUAUAUUUCAAACCCAAAGACUACCAAACGUGAGGGAGUUUUUAAAAGCUGUAGCAUUGUCAACGUGUGCUCAAAAGGAACAGGUUGAGGUGUAGUUCUGGCUUUAGUCAUCUAUUUGUGAAUCCUGUGUGUGUUUAUUUGCUGGAAAGCAAUGUUAUGUUCCUUUACAGUGCCUUGCAUGAGGAGGUUUUGCAUAAAGUACUUUAUCUUGGUCAGCGUACCAACAUCAUCAUCACGACUAUGUUAUAUUUGUCAUGUAUAUAUUUUUUAAACCUUCAGAUGCUCUACUACUGAAUAACACAUGCAUAAAUGGAUGUCUGGUAUUGGUCCAUUCACUACUACUUCAUUUUGGUCACUUCGAUUUAGGACAACCUCUGUGGGUGACCUGUGUUUAAAGUGUCAUUUAGUCUGACCCUUCUAUGGAUAGAGGUUACCAGAGCCAUGUAUUUACAAUAUAUAUAUGGCUGUAGAAGUUACUAAACCCGCAGCCAUUAAACUUAGAUUUGGUAAGAGAGUUUCAUAAACAUUCCACAUUGAAUUGUUCCGCAGUACAGCAACUCACAACAUACUGUAAUGAUUGAAAAGGGACGACAAAACACUGGCAUUAUUUGUUCAUCCACGUUCAUGCCAACAUUUUAAAGUGGCAACAUGUUAAUCUGCUCUUCCAUGUUGCUUUAGUUAGCUUAAUAUGGUAGUCUUAUUUUCCCACCAAUAGGGGAACUGAAUAUAUUGCAUUACGUUAAAUGUUGCUGUGUGAGCUAUUGUUGUUUGUGUUUGUGAAGCGAUGGAACAAUGUUGUUUAAAAGUGUCUUUAUAUUUAUUUCUAUAGAGCUUUUUGCAUUUGUUAUUCCUCUUGAAUCCCCAAUGCCAUUUGAUCAGGACUAUGCCCCUGGAUAGAUUGAUAUACUGUUUUUGGAAAGAUGGACCUUGGUGGGCAAACAAAGCUUCGCUCUUGACCUGGGCAGGCGAACUGGGCCAGUUAUAUUUUGGAAGCAGUCAGUGUUUUCAACUGUUCUUUUCCAGCAUCAGGAAAAUAAUCGGAGCAUCAAUGAGAAAUUCCCUCAGGGGCCAAAUUUCAAGAGGUAAUGUGGUGUUGAACAGAUUUGGGGUCUUCAUUUCAAGAACGUGUGGGAAGGGAUUACAGUGGGUUGAGAUCGUAAGAUGGCGUUCUCAUCUUUACAAUGAAUUGGAAAAUGACUGCUGGCAUCAUCUUUAUACAUAUUUGAAUAAGAUAUCCCAAAAUACACAUUUCCCAAUAUUCAACAAAGUAGUUAUCAACCUUUAUCAAGUCAUGUUAUUUGUUAUAGGCUAUUAUUUAGAGGUGCACAUUGUUCUAUCAAUGCAGAGAGAAUCCAGACAUCAUUUUCUCUGAUUCAUUCGUACAUUUCCCUAAUAAUUAAAUAAUGUUUCCAGGACAAAGAGCUAGGAAAUUACAAUGGUUAGAUCCAAACCAAUAUUGUACUUAGAUGUAUCACUGAUUUAAUAUGGAUGGUCUGGGUCUAUUUGAAAACAUUCUCCAAACCCUGUUAUUCGUUUUUCCACAACUUUUGUCAAUAAUAUAUUUUCUUGAAGCUGUCUCUGUAUGUCUCAACACCAUUGAUGAAUUGUGUUUCACCAAUAAAGGCAAUUAAAAGAA